AGCUGUGGAUCUCGCUGGAGGAGCACCAAGAUGCGUUAGAGCUUAUCAUGAGCAAAUACAGAAAGCAGAUGUUGCAGCUUUUGCAAGGCAGAAAAGGUGAAGAUGCAGAACCAGUCUUGGAAGUUCAUCAGGCUAAUUCUUUGGAAAUGGAAAGUCAAAUAGACAGAAUAUGUGAGAUGGGAGAGGUGAUGAGAAAAGCUAUUCAGGUCGAUGAUGAUCAGUUCUUUAAAGUUCAGGAGAAACUAGCUCAGUUGGAGCUUGAGAACAAAGAGCUGCGUGAACUGUUGUCAAUCAGUGAAGAAUCUUUUGAGGUGGUGAAAGAAGAUCUGCCUGACUGA